UUGACGGCUCCGGGCCAAAUGUAUAAGCGGAGCUUGCAGGGUUUUGAAAACUGGUAUGGAGAUGGCGGGGGCCGAGCUUCUCCAUAAUUGCUGGGACUCGAUGGAGAAGCGGAUCGCCAGUACCCGAGGCUGCUGAGCUCUCGCCUCCUGCGUUCGCGCGGUACGGCCGCAGGGCCAUGCUGGCCUCGCGCGUAGCGCGCGGCUCAUGGGGGGCGCUGCGUGGCGCCGCCUGGGUGAGGGGGGCGCGGCAUGGUGAGAGGCGCGCCCGCGGGGCCCUGCUGCGGGCCCUGCCCUCGCCCUGCUGCCUGGGCUGCUUGGGCUUCCUUGCGGAGCGCUGGCGGCUGCGCCCGGUCACGCUUGGCCUGAGGCUUCCUGGGGCUGGCCCACGAAGCCACUGCUCCGGCGCGGGGAAGGCGGCCCCGGAGCCCGCGGCCGGAGAAGGCACCGCCGCGGAAUCCCGGAGCAGCCAGUGGGGCCCGGCGAGCGCCGCCAGCCUGUAUGAAAACCCAUGGACAAUCCCAAAUAUGUUGUCUAUGACGAGAAUUGGCUUGGCCCCAGUUUUGGGCUAUUUGAUUAUUGAAGAAGAUUUUAAUAUUGCACUAGGAGUUUUUGCUUUAGCCGGACUAACUGAUUUGUUGGAUGGAUUUAUUGCUCGAAACUGGGCCAAUCAAAAAUCAGCUUUGGGAAGUGCUCUUGAUCCACUUGCUGAUAAAAUACUUAUCAGUAUCUUGUAUAUUAGCUUGACCUAUGCAGAUCUUAUUCCAGUUUCACUUACUUAUAUGAUCAUUUCAAGAGAUGUAAUGUUGAUUGCUGCCGUUUUUUAUGUCAGAUAUCGAACUCUUCCAACACCGCGAACACUUGCUAAAUAUUUCAAUCCUUGCUAUGCCACUGCUAGGUUAAAACCAACAUUCAUCAGCAAGGUAAAUACAGCAGUCCAGUUAAUAUUGGUGGCAGCUUCUUUGGCAGCUCCGGUUUUCAAUUAUGUUGACAGCAUUUAUCUUCAGAUACUUUGGUGUUUUACAGCUUUCACCACAGCUGCAUCGGCUUACAGUUACUAUCAUUAUGGUCGGAAAACUGUUCAAGUGAUAAAAGACAAAUGAAAGUCAUCCAUCAUCAUUAGCAAGGAACAGUAUGCAGUAGGCAUUGCUGGCAUCAGAGCCAAUUGGAAAUCCACAAGCGUUUCCCCAUUUUGGUGUUCAGCUUGAGAAAGGACUUGUCAGAACAAACCAUGUCAUCAAAAUUGAAGUGAUGUGCAUUGAAAAUAAGCUUGAUCAUGGGCAUAUGCGGAAUUUCCCAUGUAUUUUUAAAUACAAAUAAAACUAUAAUUUAGAAUUUUUUUAUCUUAGGUUUCUUGAUUAAUUUAUAAAAUACAAUUAUUGUCUGUCAUUUUUAAAUAUGUUUUUGUUUUCUUUUCAAGUCCAGAGCAUGGAAAUUGAAGAGUUGCAGCCUCCCUUUAAGUAAAAUUUAGAUUGCUUACAAAGCACUAGGGAAUUUCCUGACUGUAAAUAUAUAUCCUGUGCAACUUAACUCAACAGUUGUAUGGUUUUUAGAUCCAUGUAUGCAUUAACAGUUUACAUGGUUAAUAUUUUGAUCAUUUAGAAUAAUGAUAGAAUAAAAGUAGCUUAGCUGUGGAUGAAGUUGUAAAAAGAUUUAAAAUGCAGUGAGUUUUGAAAAUAAUAGGCUCCAGCAAAAUAGAAGGUGUUGAAGUUUAUGUUCCAUAAAGUCUUCCUCUCAGGUGCCUAACAAUUUAUGUAUUAGGAUAACAACAAAUAUAGCUGGAAUAUGAGGACAUGUCCAUUACCCUUUGCAUCCAAGAGGCAGUACUUCACAUCAUGCCUCUUUACUAUGUUUCUAUAGCAAUGUUUGUAUGAUAUUGGAAACUGAAUUCAUGUGAUUUGUAAAUAUGAAACUGUAUAUUUUUCAAUAUAUUUUUAAACUUUGGGAAAUCUUUUUUGUUGUUAAGAUGUUAAAGGAAUAAAAGAGCUGGAAAUAACA